UUUUUGUGGUUUUGUGUUUGUGUUGUUGUUGUGAAUUACAGGUUUUAUUUCAAUUGUAAACAAUGAAGAAGGCUUUUGGGUCACCUCAAACACCAAGCAUCAGUACUCUUUCCAGAAGGCCUAAGAUCACACGUCCUCUGCGAAAGCAAUUGGCAACUCCAAUACAAAAUGGGGACAGGUUUAUUGCUAACAGAAGUUCCAUAGAUUUUGAUUGGGCUCGGUAUCUGGUAAAUAAAAGCAAUAUCAUUGGAAAUAAAGCCUCCAUGGAAGAAUAUGACAGGGAGCCAGCAGCUAGUAUGGUGAUUGAUUCUAGUAAGAUAUCAAGAAUUUUGAGCUUUAGUAGAAAGCCUUCUGGACAGGGCUUGCAAUCCAUCUACUCCGAAGCUCCUUCUGUUGAUACUAGAGUCAGAACUAGCAGAUCACAGAGCCGCUACAUACCUCAACAUGCAGGGAGAACUUUGCAUGCCCCAUAUCUUGUUGAUGAUAAUCAUUUGAAUCUGCUGGAUUGGAGUGACAGCAAUAUUUUGUCUAUAGCACUUGGCAAUGCAGUUUACUUAUGGGAUGCAAACACAAGAACUACUUCUGAGUUAUUGACAGUAGACGAUGAUGUUGGUCCAAUAAGCAGUGUCAAUUGGGCACCUGAUGGAAAACACAUUGCCAUUGGAUUGACUAGUUCUGCUGUACAGAUAUGGGACUCUACAUGCAAUCGAGAGUUGAGAUCCUUGAAAGGUCAUCAUGGCCGUGUAGGCUCACUUUCCUGGAAUGACACUAUUCUUGCAACUGGUGGUAGGGACAGUUCAAUAAUUAUCCAUGAUGUCCGUAUCCGUAAUUCCAAUGUUAAGAUAUACAGAGGCCAUGAGCAGGAAGUUUGUGGAUUGAAAUGGUCCUUAUCUGGCCAGCAACUUGCGAGUGGAGGCAGUGACAACUUGCUUCACAUCUGGGACAAGAGCAUGUCAUCCUCUAAUGUUAGAAAUCAGUAUCUUCACAGGAUUGAUGAACAUUUUGAUGCAGUUACAGCCUUGGCAUGGUGCCCUUUCCAGCACAAUCUUUUGGCAUCUGGUGGAGGUCUUGCAGACCAAUCUAUUAAGUUAUGGAAUAGUCUUACUGGAGCAUGCCUAAAUACCAUUGACACCAACUCUUCAGUUUGUGCGUUGUUGUGGAAUAGGCAUGAGCGUGAGCUUUUGAGUUCACAUGGGUAUAGUGAGAACCAAUUGACCUUAUGGAAAUACCCAUCUAUGGCAAAGAUUGCAGAACCUACUGGCCAUACUUCUAGGGUACUGCAUCUGGCACAGAGCCCAGAUGGGUAUACUGUUGCAUCAGCUCGAGCAGACGAGACACUAAGGUUUUGGCAAGUCUUUGGAAUUCCUGAUACCUCAGGGACUACCAAAACUAAAGAGCCAGAGGGUACCCUCAACUCUUAUCUUAUGCAUAUUCGCUAGUAGUCAGUUGAUGCAAUGGAACGAGAAAAUUUAAACUUCAGAAUCCAGAUGUAUGUAGACUGCUCCAUAAGCUUUGACAAGUCUUUUGAACUCCGGAAUACUUGAAGGGGACCCCAAAGUAGACAGACAUCAGGAUGCCUCCAGUGCUACAACUGUUCCUCUUAAGAUUAGCUAUUAUGAUGGCUUCUGUAUACAGGUAUCGAGGUAUAGUAUGAUAUUACAUGCUAGGCAUACCUCUUUAACAGUCAAAUAAUAAGAUCAUUUAGAGGAUUCGGCUUGGUUAAGGAUUCAUCUUCAACAAUCAAAUGCCUGGUUAGGAACGAGUUUGGGACGGGAUAUGCAUUUAUUCUCUGCUGCUCGGAGCAUCAUCUGCGAAGGAGGAAAACCACUUAUUCUCCAGCCAAGAAUAAGUGAGGGAAUUUCAAGUGAGGAGAGCUACAAUUUCUGUUAAGCGAAGCAAUUUCUUUCUCCUCAUCAAAUAAUAGGUUUGAUGUUCAAUGAGAGUCUCUUCUUGAAAAGGGAGAAAUUAUCCUCCUCAGCCAAGAAUGGUUUCAUCUUAAGUUUUGUAAUAUUUCAUUACUUUAUCUAAUCCGUUUUUGUUAGAAUUUUUUUUUAGCUUAGUGCACUCAUGAAAGUGCCUAUGUUUUUUCUUGGUCGUUUUUAAACGACGCUAACGUUGAGGAAGUCCAAAAAUCUUGAAGCUUUUUGUCCUCAAAAUGGUUACAUAUUCUCGUUCCCUCUCUUAAGAAAAGUUAAAUUUAAGUUAAAAUUCUUACUGCAUUCUUAUUGAUUGCUGGUGUAGUUGCAAACUUGUAACCAUUAACCUCUAAUAAAUUUCUGUAGGCCAUUUUUAAUUUAACUUGGGCAUAAUUUCCUGAAACGUUUGUUUUUCUUCCAUUGAGUACCUGAACCACAGGCUAAACAGAAGGUAUCCAAGCAUUAGAGAGCCUGUAUGACAUUAUACUCUUCUUCAAGAGAGUGACAAAUGGG